ACGUCAUCUGUACGCGCCUGUCGAAGCGGCGGGGACGGUCUCUCGUGCACGUUGUUGUUUUUCUGAAUUAGCUGCGGACGCUUCUUCCUCUUGUUCACCUUCUUCCUCCUCAUCCUUCUCCUCUUCCUCUGCCUCCUCCUCGUCGUCAGACAUGUCUGUCACGGAGAUGUUCAGCUACAUCCAGGGCUUCCUGAGCGCGGACCAGGACGUCCGAGAGGAUAUCCGUAAGGUGGUUCAGACAUUGGAGCAGGCAGCUAGAGAGAUUCUGACAGUUCUCCAAAGUGUCCACCAACCAUCUGGAUUCAAAGAAAUUCCCAGUAAAUGUACAAGGGCUCGUGAGUUGUUCUGCACAGUCAGGACACAAAUCACAGACCUCAAAACAAAGUUUCCUGUGGAGCAGUAUUACAGGUUCCAUGAACACUGGAGGUUCGUGCUGCAGCGCUUGGCUUUCUUAGCAGCCUUUGUCGUCUACCUGGAGAGUGAAACUCUUGUGACUCGGGAGGAGGUGGCUAAGAUACUCGGCAUCGAGGUGGUGCGAGAGAAAGGGUUUCACCUGGAUGUAGAGGACUAUCUGGCGGGUGUGUUGAUCAUGGCCAGUGAACUGUCACGACUGGCGGUGAACAGCGUCACAGCAGGAGACUACACCCGGCCGCUCCGCAUCUCCAACUUCAUCAAUGAGCUGGACUCGGGCUUCCGCCUGCUCAACCUGAAGAACGACCCGCUGAGGAAGCGCUAUGAUGGUCUGAAGUAUGACGUGAAGAAAAUCGAGGAGGUGGUGUAUGACCUCUCCAUCCGCGGCCUGGCCAAGGAGUCUGAGUCUGGCGGGGACAAGUAGAGGUCAGGGGUGGCGAUUGGUUGUGGGAGACGGAGGAGGGCGCAGUAGCUACCCCGGGCUGGAACCUCUCCACGGCUGCUGCAGAUCGGUGACCAUAACCAAAGGCAAGACCGUGGAUCUGCCUGAGGUCACAGCAGCUGAGGACAGACUGUGUGUGUGUGUCUGUUUGUGUGAAUGCAUACAUGAGAGGUGCUGUGGAAGGAUAGCAGUCUGUCGGGAUGGUGGCAGAAGGGUUGACUUGAGUUUGAAUCCCUCGUUCAGAGGAUUAAAAUCUUUUGUUGCUAGUUUUUGUAAAUCUGUGUUCUCAGCUUCAUCUGAUGCAUAUGUUAAUGUUCCCCUGAGUCGCAUUUGCAACAGUCAACUUCUUUUUUUUUUUAUUGAAUUAUAGUAAAUUGAUGUUAAAUUAGUUGAAAAGGAAAAUCAGAGGUCAGCGAAAGUGCUCCGGCCGUGCAGAGCAAAUUGUUCUGGUCAUUUAUUUGCAAAAAUAUUGAAUGAUUGUCACCUAAACAGAUAUCCAGGAGUCUCAUUUAUGAAAAAUAUUUGAUGCCACUUUGAGAUGAUUCAAUCCAGAAUCCGAUAAUAACAAACAUUAAAAAAAAUAUUCUUAUGAUUUCUGGGUUUUCGAUCAUUAAUAGCACCUAACGUGAAUUCACAGGAUUUUUGUAAAUGAGGAUCCAAUAGAGGCCAAGCCACAGAAAUGACAAUGAUGCACUUCUCACGAUAUAAAGCUACUCUGUAACCAGUUUCUUUGAUUAACAAGGACCCUUUCACAACAGGGCAGAUGAAAGCGUCUGUGGAGCCUGUUUAGUGUUUUGUUUUUUUGCGUGAUGAACCAAUACAAAAAUAUUUACACAUCAUAUCUCGUUUACUGUUGAAAAAAUGUCUGGAACAUUUGUCUCCAGCAUCUGUGUCAAAGCUUCGGUUUGCUUCUAGAUUGUUGUAGUAGUAGUAGUAGAUUGGAAAUAAUUCUUGUUUAACCUCUUUACCCCGCAUCUUGUGUUUUUGUUCCCUGGUGUAAUAAUGUGUAUUCCACUUGUACUGUGUUUAUUCCCGUCUUUAAAUUAGUUGUCACUACAAUGCUUAAAAUGACUGUAAAUAUAUUUCUACAAUCUA